UUUCUCAACACUGUCACAAAUGUCAUGUUACUUUUCUUAUCUCAGAUUUAGAGAAUUUGAUUUUUGCCAAGACGAGAAUUAACAUAUCACCUGCAGCUUAGUUAAUAUAAAUUCUUAAGCCUGUGACAUUAUCAAAGUUUUCGUUUGUUGCAAUAGUUUUAGUGGUUCAGUAACUCUAACAAAAAUGAAUUUUAGUAAGUGUUUACUUGUGUUUACAUGUUUCUUAGGAUGUGAAGGAGCUAAAAUUUUGGGCAUUAUACCUACUGCAUCUUACAGCCACCAAAUAACGUUCCAUCCAUUAUGGAGAGAGCUAGCACUUAAAGGACACAAUGUUACGGUCAUUACCACUGAUCCUCUAAACAACUCUUCAUUGGCAAAUCUUAAGGAAAUAGAUCUGAGUGAGAUAUACGACUUAUUUACAACUAUCAAAUUUUACGAAAUUAUAUCUGGGGAUCCGAUAUAUUUUUGGAGGAUAGCUCUGUUGUUAAGAAAGGUUUGCUUUGAGCUAGCGAGGUUGAUAAUAGAACAUGAAGAAAUAAAAAAUAUCAAAAAUAAGCAGUUUGAUUUGGUCAUUGCUGAAGCUCACUUUCCAUCGAUUGUGGGUUUUAUUGGUCACUUUAAAUGUCCAUGGAUAGGGGUUUCCUCCAUGGAAUCCGGGAUUCAGUAUAACGUCGCUAUAGGUAAUCCAGCACAUCCAGUUUUAAAUCCGGAUUAUAACCUUCCCUUGGAAAACAUGGAGAAUCUGAAUUUCAUAGAACGUUUAGCAAGUUUGGUAUACCGGGUGAGCUACGUUUUCCUUAUAAAUGUUUACAUAUUUCCUACAUUAGCUGCUAUAUAUAAGGAAGUUGGUUGGAACGCGCCACCUAUGGUUGAAGUACAAAAUAAUAUUAGCAUGCUAUUUGUCACUACGCAUCCCAUAUUUCACAAUCUCAGACCUCUUUUACCAAAUACUAUUUCUAUUGGAACUGGAAUGCAUUUUAAAGAGCCACAACCUUUACCUCAGGAUCUUCAAAAAUUCCUGGAUGAUAGCAAAACUGGUGUCAUCUAUUUCAGUCUAGGAAGUAACGUUAAUUCUAAUUUACUGACAACAGAAUUCAAAAAAGCUGUAGUAGAAGCCUUUGCCGAAGUUCCUCAUAACGUGCUGUUAAAAAUGGACGGUGAGAUAGAAGGAUUGUCUAAAAAUGUUAUGGUAAGAAAAUGGAUGCCACAGCAAGAUAUUUUGAGACAUCCAAAUAUUAAGUUGUUUAUAACUCAAGGAGGUCUCCAAUCUCUGCAAGAAUCCGUCGUCAAUGGUAUUCCACUAAUAGGAAUACCAUUUUUCGGCGACCAAAUAACAAAUGUUAAUAAAAUGGUUAAAAAGGGUUAUGGUGUGAAAGUGGACAGAAGGAGCAUGACCAAAGAAAUUUUAGUGGCAGCUAUUAGACAAGUUAUGACGAAUCCAAGUUACAAAGAGACUGCAGAAGCCAUGGGUGAAAUAUUCAAGGACGAAGAAAUUCCUAGUCUCCAGAGAGCGGUCUAUUGGACCGAGUACGUCAUCAGGCAUAAAGGCGCGAAACAUCUGCGCAGUCCUGGCAUAGGAAUGCCAGCUUGGAAAUACUAUAUGCUCGAUGUCAUGGGAUUCUUGGCAUUUGUUUGCUUAACGAUUAUCAUUGGAAUUUUUUUGAUAUUGAGGGGAUUCUUCAGGUGGUUAAAAUAUCUAGUAAAAGGAGAUGCUAAAAAAACAAGAAAGACAAAGAAGAAAGAUUAGUUCUAAAUCUACAGUAAUAAAUGUUUGGCAGCAUUAUUGUCAGGAUACAUGACUUCAGUUAUUCGAGGUUCAAGAAAAAAUGGUAUUAAUAUUUUAACCAAUCCUUAAAUAAAUGGAAAAACCUUUUUUAUACUCA